AUGGAUAAGAAAGUUACAUUCAACUACAUGGUGGAGCCAAAGAACUCAAAAAUGGCUGGGAAAUCUCCGUUUGAUGGACUUAUAAGUGAUACGCUCAUGGAGUUAUUACAAAAUCUGUAUAAAACUGAGUGUACUGAAAUAGCCAAAUUGAAAAAUGAACCAGUCGAGUAUAGAAACUACAUAAAUCUAGUACGCGAAAUAAUAAACAAACGAAUAUGCGGGACAAAUAGAACUUGUCAGAUCGUCUAUCGCAACAAGGGAAUAAACGCUAUGGAGUUAAAACUAAAUGACCGUGAAACUCAAACUUCUCCAUUGCGCUCUCCACCACAAACUAACCGUAAAAAAGAGUUGCAAGAUUUAAUCGACGCAUACAAAAACGUUAUCGCUAAGGUUGAACAUCUCGAAACUGAAUUUCAGAAGUCCUUCACAGAGCGUGGCAAAAACACUAACCAAGAGACGAUAAUCUACGGGGAAUCAUUCAUUAAGUCCUGUUUUUUCAACGCGGUCAAUAUUUUGAAAACAGUCAUAGUCAAAGUAUAUUUGUUGUUCAAAACUCAAUUCCAAAUAUCUUAG